GACCGAGACAUCCAACCAUGUAGUCUGCCAGCGUAAGCCCCUCUAAUCUGUCUGCUUCAGAAGUCCUUGCUUUCUUCUGAAGAAUAGACGUGGCAGAAUAAACGCCUGCCCGUGCUGAGCCGCCUUGCUCGGCAGCACCGUGCCAGGGCAGGCUCCCGGGGUGAGUUUGGAGAACCGGCCAAGACCCUUCAUGGCACCAUCGUGAAGCAGCUGAAUACAGCAGGGAGUUAUCCCCAGGCAUCCUCUUCCCGGGCUGGUCAGUGGCCUUUUGGGCUGCAAACGGCUCCUGUAGUUUAACCGCCUGCUGCUUGCUGUUUGUCUGUCUCCGUUUUCAGCUGUGCUGAGCGUGGGCAUAAAUCUGCCACGCCUGAACAACAUCAAGUAUGCCCACCCCCACGCUGAGGUUCACAAGGAUGUUCACAUAUAAAGGUCGCCGGGAGCAGGGAGGGUGCAGGCUCUGGCGGGUCCCGAGCAGGUCCUGCACCAGAGGGGCACCCGUGAAGGCCUGUUCGUUGCCGGCUGGGACAUCGCGCGCCAUGCCGGAGCUGCCGAGGUCCGGGAUUUGCUGCGUUUUCUUCCUUUGUGGCUGGCUGGUCUCGUCUCAUGGGACCGAUGCCCCCGGGGCCGUUCUCGAGAUCGAUAUCGAAACGAUCGAUCAAGCCGUCACCACCGCCAUGGCCGAGAGCAACGUGCUGCAGAAACUGGCAGAAGCCGCGUCAAAGAAGCAGCCAGGAGUUAAACCCAUCAAAGGCAUCACGGGGCUGAAAGUGAAAGACCUGCAGCCCCCGGAGAUCUCCCUGACGUUCGUACCGGGGACGGGGCUGUUCAUGGCCGUUCUCACCAAAAUAACCAUUGCUGGGAGAAGCUUCAUAGGUGGCAAUAUGGAAAUCUCACUGGUGGCGAACAUGACCGCGAAGAACAAGCUGUCGCAGGCCGACUCGGGGAGCCCGAAAUUCAGCGUUGAGAACUGCCAGAUUGCUAUUGUCAGUGUUAAAACCAACCUUCCCAGCAGCAUGCUCCCCAAAAUGGUGAACAAGUUUCUGGAUAGCACCCUUCAGAAAGUCAUGCCAGGCAUGCUGUGCCCAGCGGUGGGUGCCGUCCUUGGACUCAUGAACGCCAAGUUUGACACCAUGAUGGCCAAGAUCCCCUUCGGUGCCCUGGGGAGCAUCCAAUUCACUUUGCUGAGCCCGCCGAUCAUAAGCCAAGAUUUCAUAGAGCUGCAUCUCAAGCCCAUUCUCCAGCACCAGGGUGGAGAUCCAGUCGACCUUCCUGCAGACCCACCGGCCCUGGCCUCCCUGCCGCCAAAAACAGAGCCUGGUACCCAGAUCGUCCUGUCGGCGAAUCUCCUGGCUGGGGAGCUGACGCUCCUGCAAGCAUCCUUCGACCUGAACGUCACGGACAACCCGGCUCUCGAGCUCCCCCCGCUGACAACAGCCACCCUCGCCUCCUUGCUCCCAGAGGUCUCCGAGUCGCUGCCUCCCUCAAAGCCCCUGGUGAUUGAACUCAGAGUCACAAAACCACCUCUGGUCACCAUCAAAGAGGACAAAAGCCUCCUGCACCUCUUUACCACCAUGGAGUUCCUCUCUGGGGACCCCAGUGACAGCCGUGAUCCCCUCUUCGUCCUGGAGACUCACAUCAAUCUGGAUACCCAGUUCUCUGUUCAUGAAGAGAAGCUGCACAUCUCUGUCACCCUGGACAGGUUGUAUAAAAUGGAGCUGUCCUCCUCCUCCGUCGGCCCUUUUGACGUGAGUUCAGCGGAGACACCACUGAAAGGAUUUUUGGCGGAUAUUAUUCAGGUUGCAUACGUGCCAGCACUCAACGCGGCGCUGCAAGAAGGGAUGCCCCUGCCUUACCUGUUCGGCCUGAAAUACAGCCACACCGAGAUCCGCAUGUCUGAGGGCGCCCUGGUGCUGAACGUGCGCGUCAAGUAGGUCUGACCGGGAGGAGUCGCUGCCCUAGGAGGACGAGAGAGAACGGCAAGGCCUUGUGCAUUUUGCUUGCUUUUCUAUUUGACAUUUUGACACUACAACUAAAGUGAAAAGGCCACACGAUAAUUGGAGCGUGGCGUGUAACUACUGUCUCUAGUGCAAUCCAAUGGGUGUGCGCGUGCCCUUUUCUCCGUGCUGUAUUAACCUUCCCAAGAGUUUAGAGCGGCAAUGCUUUGUGGGUAACGGGCUUCCACUUUUUGUGAUAAAAGAUUCUCAUUUCCUU